AUGAACCGCAGCGCCGUGUCGGAGUUCGUCCUCCUGGGCCUGCGGGCCCGGCCGGCGACGCGGCCCCUCCUGUUCGCCGCCCUCCUGGGCGUCUACCUGGUAGCCGUGCUGGGCAACGGCCUGAUCGUGGCGGCGGUGGGCGUCAGCGCGGCCCUGCACACGCCCACGUACGUCCUGCUGCUGGCCCUGGCCGUGGCGGACGUGGCGCGCGCCUCCGCCGUGGUCCCCAAGACGCUGGCCGCCACGCUGGGGCCGCGGACGACCAUCUCCUACGGCGGCUGCGUGGCCCAGCUCUUCUUCUUCACCUGGUCCCUGGGGGCCGAGAUGGUCCUCUUCACCGCCAUGGCCUUCGACCGCUACGUGGCCAUCCGCUUCCCCCUCCGCUACGCCGCCAUCAUGAGCCGGCGGACGUGCUCCUUCCUCCUGGCCGCCGUCUUCCUCGUCGCCGUCGCCAACGCCUGGGUGCACACGGGCCUCGUCCUCCGGCUGAGCUUCUGCGGGCCGGACGCCGUGGACCACUUCUUCUGCGAGAUCCCCGCCGUGCUGGCCCUCUCCUGCAGCCCCGUCCGGGCCAACGAGGUGAUGGUGUUCGUGGCCGACGUCGCCCUGGCCAUGGGGGACUUCCUCCUGACCUGCCUCUCCUACGGCUUCGUCGCGGCCGCCGUCCUGCGCAUCCGCUCGGCCGAGGGCAAGAGGAAGGCCUUCUCCACCUGCUCUUCCCACCUCUGCGUGGUGGCCCUCUACUACUCCCCGGUCAUCUACACCUACAUCCGGCCCGCCUCCUCCUACUCCUUCGACAGGGACAAGGUGGUGGCCGCCCUGUACACGCUGGUCACCCCCACCCUGAACCCCAUCGUCUACAGCCUCCGCAACAGGGAGAUCCAGGCCGGCAUCCGGAAGGUCUUCUCCGCCCUGAAGCUCCCACGGAGCUCGGCCGAACUUUUCCGGCGGCUGCCGUGUCCUUUUUCCGUUCCCCCGUUCUCCGUCGAGCUGGUAGGCCCCGGAGACCUCGUUAGGAAGUCCGCCCCCGGGGAGGACGAGGCUGCCAACUGCCUGAUCGCCUCCCGGGCGUCUAAUUAA